AUGGAUAGUCCAGAUGGUUCUGCCUCCCAAUCUACAUUGACACAUGGGAGCAUUGAUAAAAAUCUCAGUUCAAGGUCAAGUUCAGAUGUUCCAACACCACCUAUAAACACUGCUGUGGGAGGAAAAGCUUCUCUUCAGCCAAAACGUACACCCGUCUUUGAGAAGGAGAUAGAGGCCAUUCUGUUUCUUGUUUCUGAUGCAGUUGGCAGGUUGCUUCUGAUCUUAGGAUUGAGAGGAAAUUUACGAAAUUGCAAGAAAUCUGAGAGUUCANUGGUUAACUCUGACUACCCAUCAACCUUCACUGUGACUAAAGCUAGUCUUGCAAACUUUCCAGCUUUGGAUGGUCAGAGUGUCUCUUAUGCUGUUUUACUGUUUCCAGUAGGAGCAAUUAACCCACCUCACACACACCCACGUUCUGCUGAGCUACUCUUUGUAGUAGAGGGGAGUCUGAAUGUUGGAUUCGUUGACACCAAUAACAAGCUUUAUACACAAACACUUGAAGUUGGAGACAUGUUUGUGUUUCCAAAGGGAUUGGUGCACUAUCAAUCAAAUGAUGAUCCAAAACAACCUUCAACCGCAAUCUCUGCUUUUGGAAGUGCUAAUGCAGGCACAGUUUCAAUUCCUCCAAGUGUGUUUACGACUGGCAUUGAUGACACCGUCCUUGCUAAGGCUUUCAAAACUGAUGUUGCAACUAUUCAGAAGCUAAAGGCAGGCCUUGCACCCAAGGCUUAAAUUCAA